UUCAGUCUUGGCGUGAUCUCGGUCAUCAAGAUCGAGCCUGUCUUGAUUAUUUUUCAAAUCUGAUAUCAGAUUAUGUUUAUAUGAAGAUGAUAUUCUUUUUUUUUUAUUUUGAAACAUACUGAUACAUAACUAAUACAGGAUGUUGCCGCUAAAUUAUGGUAAUAUAUUGGAUCUCGUUUCGACGGGGUUGAAAGAUGCAUGUAUGAGAACUUCCCGUAUGUUUUGACAAAGUGUUGAACUAAAUCAUUUAAGGCUAAAAUAAGAAAGACGAAUUCAAAGUGAAAAGGAGAAUAAAGCAUGGAAGAUCACACAAUAACGCCGCUACGACAAAAAGCCGACAAAAUUCAAAAUGAAAUAUUUCAGAAGCAACGCAUUUUAUAUGGUUGGUCAAUUGCAGGUAACAUUUGCGGUUUACUAGCUACAGUUACAGCUGGCAGAUCACUUGACCUACUUUCAUCACUGUUAUAUAUUGGUAAAUAUGUAGUACUUAUAGCUAGAUUACGACCAUUGCAAAAAGAUAUAAAAUCUUCCGAAGACGAAUUUGACCAUAUUUUACGUGAAGCGAGAGAAAUAGCUGAUCUGAACAACUCGGAAAAUGCAGGCCCUCUAAAUGAUGGAAAAUCUUCACUAUGCUGUUCAUCUCUAUUAUCAUUUGUAUUGGAUCUUCUGCAAAGAAGGUCUGGGUCGACCAGAAACAAAGCUAUUGAUGUUACAGAAAAUUCCAAUCGUCUAUUUCGCUGUAUUCAUGCUGUCAUUUAUGCUACUGGGCAACAAAAGAAGGAAAUUGUACAUCUGCCACCACUGUUGCAAAAAAUAAAGGUGGUUAUUGAAGAUAUGGACAGGAAAACAGCCGAGGUGGUAAAAGCAGUACCUAACGUUAGAAUACCCAGAGACAAACCAAUACCAGAGGCGUUACUUAAUAGGGAAAUAGAAAUUCAGCAACACUCUACGUUCUCUGAACCUGAACGUCACAGGAAAUAUACUGAUGUUUCAGGUAAAAUUGAAACAGCACGAAAAUACAAGAGAGGCUUUCAGCGAAAUGCUUUUGGCGCAGUGAAAAGAGCCAGAAAAUGUUUACAAGCAAGCGAAGAGGCGAAAACUUUACCAACAUACCAACUGAUAAAAAAUCAGAGCAAAAAUAUGGAAUUUCUGAACGAAACGCUGAAGGCAAUUGAAGGUUCUGAGAAUUAAUCUAAACAACUUCAACUCAAAAAAGAAAAUAAUCAGCAUUCUGUGGCUACACACAUCACAAAAAUACUCCAUGCAACAUCAGAUGCAUUCGAUAAUUUGAAUAAAUUUGAUGUAGAUAUUAAAUCCAAGCUAGAACAGCCGAAUGUUAGAGAAACGGCAAAAAAGGUUCAGGGGAAAGCAGCAGAGGGUGACCGUGUAAAUAAGUUUGUAAAUGAUGCAGUAAGUUCCAUGACGCAAGCAAAUCAAGCAAUGAAUGAUGUUGAAAAAGAAUCUACUUCUUUUUUUCGAUCGGGGAUAAAGGCUAAUAAGAUUUUACCGUCCGUUGGAAAUACAGAAGAUUGGGUCGGCAAAGGUGAACGCUUAGCAAUGUCUGUUGAUGAGCUAGCGAAACAUGCUCAUUGCAUUAGGGAAAAUCCUGAUAAGAUAAUUAACGGAAGUUUUAAAAACAACAAAACCGCGCUUGUAUCGCAAACGACAGAAAUUGCAAAAGAAUCGUUAGAGAUGUCUGAUAAGGUUUUAAGAGUCUUAGACCAAGAAAAUGGCAGUCGAAAUUCCCCGGGUCAGUUUCGCGUUUUAGAACGUGUCUUUCAUCGUGUAUGGCCAGCAUGUGAACAGAACACGGACAUACAACAAACGACGAAGGAAAUACGUUCCGAAGCACAAAAACUCCGCUCGAAAAUCAAUGAACCUGAUGAGUCUGCCAACGAGUUUGAUAAAUUGUCAUUCGUGAUACACGGUUUAGCUAUAAUGUUUGACCUGUACAAACUUUUUACGCUUCGUAGACCACACCAAAAGGAGGCGUGGUUGCGUGAAGAAAUUGUAAGAAUCAUUAAAACCGACGAAGUAGCGGGUAGAAAGAAUCAAAACUGAUGGGAUGGAAAAGAAAUGCAUAAAGUCAUCAUUUUCCAAACACAUAAAAUGUCUUUAUCUGGAUACAGAUACGUAUUUACUUAAUAAUGAUUAUCCUCUUACAAGAACAAAGGUCUCCAAAAAGCAGAAGCAACUCCGUUUGCAUUAUGGUGAGCAAGCAAUUUUCGUCUUCUGUUUGAAAUAUGUCCUUCUACAAUGCAUGAAAUCUGUGCAACCGAACAUGUAUACACGAACAUGUCAAUAUAUUCAUCAUGGUGAAAGAAAACGUCCAUUUAAAGUUCCACAAAGCAAUAAUUUCUAUGCUUUAAAUAUAUGAAGCAGCCGUCCAGAUAAAUACUUUGCAUGCUCAGAAAAGGCACUACUUCCAAUAUUGCACAUACAGUUGUACCGUACGAACCACGAAGGGAAGUAAUCAGAAUUACUUUCUAUUAUGUUAACUCAUAUUCAAAUGUAGGACAUUGUAUGAGGUAACAAUUGUCGAAAAUAGGAAUUAAAAAGAAAUUAAUAUUUUUCAUGUUCGUAGCAAAAAGUAUGACAGUAACGUUAUAAACAAAGAAUUAUGUGAAAUAAACAUUUGUAUGUUGUAUAACUUGUAAACUUUGCAACAUAACUUGUAUACAUGUACAUUAUAUUAUAAUCAGGAUAGUAUAUACGUCGGUUGAAACAUUAACAUGCUGUAUUACUUGUUAAAUGUGCUACAGAACUUGUAUACAUGUACAUAAUAUUAUAGUCAGGAUAGUGAAUACGUCAGUUUAAAGGCCUAGAUUCACUACUAUAUAAGUGUCCCCCACCCCCACCACCAAAGCCAAUAUACAACUCCCAUCUUAUCUGCUGCUUAUCAGCGAUUAUGUAACAGUAACUGAUUAGAGGGCAAUUAGCAGAGCAGGGACACCAAAUAGACCAUGAAGAUGUGUGCAGUGGAGUUGAAAGAAAUUUUUUUUUUCAGUGAAUGUGGAAUGAAAAUAAUAAUUAUUAUUAUUUUGAUAUUAUAUAGAUGAUAAUAUUAACUAUUACUUUAAUUUUAUAGUAAUAAUAAUGAAAAUAAUCAUAAUCAUUAUCAUUUUUAAUUAUUAUUAUCAUUAUUAUUAUUAAUUAUUAUUAUUAUUAUAUUACAUAAAAGAUACAGUAAUAAUAUUGAAAAUAAUAAUGAUAAUAAAACACAAGUAUAGUGAAAACUUCAUGAGUUCUUUGUGCUGACACAAUAUUUUUCGAAUUGGAAAUUGAUUUUCUUGUAUUCAUGUAAUCAACAUUAUUUGAAUAUAAAAUUAUUGUGGUCCAUCUAUACUCAGUUUGCCUUUUCAGUAUGUUUCAAAAAGUUUUUUCAUGCUCUGCUUUGUAACUUUGAAAUACACAUUCUGUUUUCAAUUCUAGACAAAUGUUAUUUACAGUAUUCUGCAAGCUUUAGAUGAGUGAAAGUCACAUUUUUCUAAAAUAUCACAUUCUCCAGAGAGAAUUUGAAAAAAAAAACAUGCAUAUUUCUUUAAGUAAGUUUCUGAUUGUUUCAUUAUUGUGAAAAUAAGUUUCUGAUUAUUUUAUUAUUGUGUUUGAUCAACAAAUAUUUUUCUUUACAUAGAAAUGCCAAAAAUAAAAACUAGUAUAACUUUAAAAGUUAUCAUUUAUUCAUUAAUUUAAAAUAAGUAACAUUGUUUCCCCUUUUCACUAAUUGAUACACUUGUAAGGUAGACUGACUCUCCAAUAAACAAGGACCCUUGUUUAUUGGAGCCAAACUGUGAUGGUCAUUAGCCCCCAACUGUGCUGGUGAAGACAGAAAUCCCUUGGCCUACUGCCAAGACCUAGGCCUUUAAACAUUUGCAAUAUUUGUUGUAUAUCUUGUAAACUGUGCAACAGAACUUGCUUACAUGUACAUAAUAUUAUAUUCAGGAUAGUGAAAUACGCCAGAUGACACAUUUCCAUGUAGUAUUACUUGUUAACCGUGUAACAGAACUUGUUUACAUGAUCAUAAUAUCAUAUACAAUAUUGUGAAAUACGUUAGUUGAAACAUUUACGAUGUUGUAUUACAACCAGUGCAAAAAAGAAAAAAAAGAAAAAAAAACUUGUAUAAUUGUACAUAAUAUUAUAUUCAGGAUAGUGAAAACGUCAGUUGAAACAUUUGCAUGUUGUAUAACUUGUAAACUGUGCAACAGAACUUUUUUACGUGUACAUAAGAUUACAUUCAGGAUAGUGAAAUACGUUAGAGGAAACAUUUGCAUGUUGUAUUAUUUGUUAACUGUGCAAAAGAACUUGUUUACAUGUUCAAAAUAUUAUAUUCAAGAUACUGAAAUACAUGUGUUGAAACAUUUACGACGUUUAUUACAAACAGUGCAACAGAACUUGUAUACAUGAACAUAAUAUUAUAUUCAGCGUGUUACAUGUUAAAAAAAACAUCUUAUAAUUUAGAUUUUGUAAAGGUUUCUAUGUUGUUAUAGAGUCUGGAGUCUAGUAAAUUUGCCUGUUCUAUUGCUUGUAAACUGUGCAAAAAAUUGUAUUAUUAUACAUGAGCAUAAUAUUAUAUUCAGAAUAAUGAAAUACGUGCAUUUAACAUUUGCAUGUUAAAUUGAAUACAUGAUAUAAUGUUGAUAAUUUGUGAAGGUCUCUUAAAUUCUUAUGGAGUCUGGAGUCUGGUGAAUUUGCAUGUUGUUUUGCUAGUAAACUAUGCAAAAGAAUUUG